AUGGCGAUGAUGACAAAAGGAAAGAAUGGAAAAAGGGAAGAAAAGGGAAGGAAAGCAACGAAAGAGGGGAAGGAAGGAGAAAAGACUGGCUUCGGUGUGGAUGCGUGCAGAAAGAAAGGAGAGAAGAAACAAGAAGGGAAGAACAGGUGGCAAGGAAGAAAAAGGAAGGGAAAGAAGACAGGAAGGAAAGGAGAGAAUGGGUGGAUAGGGGAGAUCGAGGGAGUGUUAUGA